AUGGCCAUGGAAGCUUCUUUCUUCCUCUUGUUCAUCUCUUCUCUCUUAAUUUCAUGUUCUGGAUCUUUGGUGGGUUUUUCCUAUCAUGAGAGAGGAGACACUUGGAAAUCAUUUCUUCAGCCGAGCAAAGUUUCUUCGUCUCAGAUUCGAGUUUUCGUCACAGAUCAUAGAAUUUUGAGCACUCUUACCAACUCAAACAUGUUAGUUGAUCUAUACUUAAGCAAAAGCCAAGUUGAAAAUUUCAUUACUUCAAAACCUUCAGCGACUUCUGAGAUAAAAGCUCUACUUGUAAAUUUUCUACCACGUUUGAACAUUAAAAGCAUCGUUGUUAGCUGUGGAAGUGAGUGUUUACUCCAAAAUGAGAUACCUUUGAUUAUGAAUGCUCUUGAAUCAAUCCAUUCAAUUCUCAAAGAUCUUCACAUUAGUAAUGAAGUAAAACUCUCGGUAGCAUUUCCACUUCAGUUCUUAACGAAGAUGAAUCCAUCACAAGAACGUGAAACUCGUAAGCUACUUUCAUUUAUAAAGGAAACAGAAUCGUUUGUGACAUUAGAAGACGCCAUUGAUGGAGAAUUAAGCAUGGAGAAUCAUUUUGUUCAAACUGUUAUCAAGCAAGCCGCACAUGCUGCUUCUGUUCUUCCUUGCAAAGAUGUUCCUGUGGUACUAACAAUCAAGAGUUUAGUUAUACCGAGUUCGAUAGAAUUAGCCGAAUUUAGCAAAAGAGUAUCUAAAUAUUUAGCAGCAAGAAGACCUAUUGCAAAAAGAAUAGCUGCAUUAUACGUAGAACUGCAUACGACAGAAGACUUUUCAAUGAAAGAGCUCAAAAGGGAAGAAGAUAGAGAAAUUUUCCCAUUGUCUAGAAGAGAGCUCAUAAGCAAAUUACACAGAAGGAAAACUCUAGAUGGCACAAACAGUCCAACAAACACAGUUUACCCUACGAAUCCAACACCAAAUCCAACACCAGUGAUCACACCCUCAGAUACACCAACCAUCAUAGCGGUUCCUUCCACAAAUCCUGUCACGAUUUCCCCUACAAAUCCAGCUGCAAUGCCUGUAACGGUUCCUUCUACUACACCUGCCGUUCCUUCUACUACACCUGCUGUUCCUUUGCCUCCAACAAAUCCAACCAAUUCACCGGUUCCGGUCUUCAAUCCAGCUACAACACCUUCAACAGUUCCAGGUGCACAACCAGUAACCAACCCUGUAACGUCUUAUCCACCUCCAUCUGGAAGUGUUCCUGUUCCUGUCAUAAACCCUCCUUCAAACACAAAUGCUCCUUCCGUUCAGGGACAGAGUUGGUGUGUGGCAAAAGCUGGUGCUCCACAAGCCUCCCUUCAAUCAGCAUUGGAUUAUGCUUGUGGAAUGGGUGCUGAUUGUUCUCAGAUACAGCAGGGUGGGAGUUGUUUCAGUCCAGUCACAUUGCAGAGUCAUGCUUCUUUUGCUUUCAAUAGUUACUAUCAAAAGAAUCCAGCUCCAACAAGCUGCGACUUUGGAGGCGCUGCCACCUUAAUUAACACAAAUCCAAGUUCUGGCUCUUGCAUUUUUACAUCAUCAUCGUCGUCAUCCUCAACGCCAAUGAUAUCAUCCCCAACACCACCUACACAAUCAACUCCAACUUCAAUACCACCACCAAGUCCAAUAACAACUGCACCAUCUAUUACAACAAUGGCUCCACCAUCUAUUCCAACAAUAGCUCCACCAUCAACUCAAACAGCUCCAUCAUCAAUUCCAACUGCUCCACCAACAUCUUCAGGAUCAGGAACAGGCACUUUCGGCUAUGGUACUCCACCUUCCGUGUUAAAUUCAAGCAGCCCAGAUUCAGGUGCAAUGCCAGAUUUUGGGUCCGAUAGCCCUCCUGUUGUAAACACAACAUCUGCCUCACACCCUCGAGCUCUAAAAUCUUUUACUGGCUGCAUAAUUUUGAUGAUUCCGUUUGUCACUGCCAGACUCAGCAUGCUACCAUAG